UUUAUAAGUGCACAACCACAAUUAAGAAAAAUGCCUGAGCUACUUAUCAGUUAUAUUACUAUGUGUUCUAAGAGGCUAGCUAAAUUUAACAAAAAAAAAUCACAAAAGAAAAAACCUCUCUUGACAGCUACCAGAUGGAACCAGAAAUCCCAGGAACAUCACCCUCAACCUUCCCCACCAAUCUCACAAAUCAUAGCCUGUGUCCUGAAACAGAGGCAUGGGACUGGUUGUACACCAUGCAGCCAGUAUACAUGUUUGUCAUCUGUGUGCUAGGAAUCCUGGGAAAUUUCUUUGUCCUGCUAGUAUUUUGCCUGCACAAGAAAGCCUGCUCUGUGGCAGAGAUAUACCUGGGUAACCUGGCUGCAGCUGACCUCCUUCUGACGUCUUGCCUACCUUUCUGGGCCAUCAAUGUGGCCAGUGGUUUUGAAUGGCGGUUUGGCUUGCUGAUGUGUCGUUUGGUAAACACGGGCAUCAAAAUGAACAUGUACUGCAGCGUCUACUUCCUGGUAAUGGUGAGCGCUGACCGCUAUCUGGCUCUGGUGUUUGCGCUGACUUAUGGCAGAAUGCGGCGGACCUUGUAUGCCAAGCUGAGCUGCUUAGCUGUGUGGAUUCUGGGAAUCAUCCUGAGUGUCCCGACACUCAACUUCAGGGAUGUAAAGUACAUCUCAGAGUACUCAGUCACCGCUUGCAUACUGACCUACCCCAGCGACGCGGUGGAACUGGCCUGCGACAUUCUGCUUGUCCUGCUGGGCUUCAUCAUCCCUGUGACUGUCAUUUCCUACUGCACGUGUAAGAUCAUACAAGCAUUGCACUGGCAAGUAAUGGACAGGUUCAAUGCAGUAAAUAAAGAGAGGAAAGCCACAGUGCUGGUGCUGGUUGUUCUUCUGGCUUUUCUGCUGUGUUGGGUUCCUUUUCACCUAGUAACCAUUUUAGAUAUCUUGAUGAGAUUUGAGGUAUUAAGUGGGUGUAGACUAGAAAAUGGCCUGGAUAUCUGUAACCAGAUAUUCACAUAUUUGGCAUUGAGCAACAGCGUGCUUAAUCCAAUCCUCUAUGUGAUAGUUGGCAAAAACUUCAGAAAGAAAGUGAAGGAGCUCCACUCAUCAACACGGAAAACAUUUGCAUGAAAAAAAAAGCAAACUGUUUAAGUAAUUAAAUAGAUUAAAUAAGCAUUUGCUUAUAAAAUAUAUUACCAAAUCCUGAGUCCACUAGGAACUGUUUGUAAUGUCAUGAGUUAAGUAAAUGUUGUUAAUUUAUAUUUCUCAAAGAAAUUUCCUGAUGUUUAACUGCCUUUGUAUUUGUAUGUGUUAUCAAAAAUAUGUAUUAUUAUGUACCAAAUGCAGUAGUAGAAUUUCCACAUAAUAUAUAAAGAUCCAUGCUAGUAUAAUUACUAUCAGGCUAGUUAAGAUAUGACAGUAAUUAACACUGUGUGUUAGGAAAAUAUUCAGAUAUAUUUCAGUUUCAUAUGAGGAUUUCUUUAACAGUUAAAAAUAAUUGUGUCAGUUUUGUGAAACAAUCUUUUCUGAAUAAUACAUAUACACUGAAUGAAUGUUUCCUUUUUUUGUAAUUGAUAAAUGAAGUAGUUAUUGCAUAGUUUGCUCAGACUGAUGGACUUAACUUUAUUAUAUUUAUGAAGAAAUUUUAUAUAUCUUAUAUAUCUUUACUCUGUAAAUAAGGAGUGUCAUAAAUAAAUUAUAUAUUAUGUGAUUUCUAGUGUGCUUAAAUAUGUAUUGUAUGUGAAGGGAUGUAAUCAUACACAACAAAGAGGUGACAAAUGGAUGUCCAUUGUUACUGUCACUGUUAC